CCAUUCAACCGUAUUUAGAAAACCGUGGAUGGGAUCAGGUCUCUCUCGCAACCACCGGAGCAGCGUCGCGCCUCAGCAGCAGCCGUCGUCGGCCCGCGUCAUCGCCGCCGACGGCUCGCUCACGGAGUUCGCCACCUCCUCCCCUGUCAGCGUCUCCGACGUCCUCGCCGCAGGCAAUGCAGGCGGCUCGUUCUUCCUGUGCAAUUCCGACGCGCUCUACUUCGACGAGGACGUACCGGCGCUCGGCGGCGGCGAGCUGCUCCGUCCCGGCCAGAUAUACUUCGUGCUCCCCGCGGCGAUGCUCGGGCGGCCCCUCUCGAGCGCCGACAUGGCGGCCAUGGCGGUGCAGGCCAGCGAGGCGCUGGCGGCGAGAGCGCGGCCGCGUGGACGAGGCGCCGGCAUCAGGAAGGUGCGCGUUACGCCGGUGCACGCCGAGGGCGGGCGUGGCGACGUGGACGCCCAGGUCAACGCGAAGCUGAACGAGAGGACCCUCGGGGAGUACUCUGUGAAAGCCUCAGGUAAUCAGGCGAAAAUCGGCAAGAAAGCUGCCGUGACGGCAUUUCCGCCGGCGAAGAAGGCGCUCAAGCAGCUCAGCACCAUCGAAGAGGAUGCCGAGUGACGAAAUGCUCAUAAGAACAUCGCCAAGCGACGCCGAGUGAUAAAAAUGGAAGGAAAUUACUACAAGACUUUUUAUAGGAUUUUUGGCGUCUUUUUUUUACUCCCUCCGUCCCAUAAUAUAAGAACGUUUUUCAAAUUAACCUAGCUUGAAAAAUGUUCUUAUAUUAUGGGACGUAGGGAGUAUUAACCAUUUCUUGGAACAACGAUGUUGGUGAGGAAAAUUCAAAAAGGUAGGAGUAGUAUAUGAGAAUGUCGUCUGGUUCAUUUGCCAGUGUACAUGUAUUUGAUAACAAAAGGAAAUUAAAUGCGGUCCUGUAUAUAUGAUUUGUUCA